UGCUGCUGGACUAGUACUACCACUACUCCUAUCGUUACUGCUAGUACUACUGCUACUACUGCCACUACUGCUGCUGCUGCCACAAAAUCAAAGACGGACUCGCUACCAUGAUCACCUUUGUCGGCAUCAUCGGCAAGCAUGACAAGCCCCUCUACCUCAAAGCCUUCACGGGCUCCCUCUACGACGAUGCACAGCUCAUCGAAUGGACCUACGCUGCAUGCGACGUCUUUUACGAGCGUUUACAAAAUGCAAGCACUGCUGCAAAACCUCAAGAAAGCUACUUUGGGCUACUCACUGCAUACCCUCGAGUCUCGCUGUAUGGACUCCUUACGAAUACGCACAUCAAGAUCGUCUUGGCGAUACAGGAGACAGAGUUGUUGAUUAGUGAGAGUAUGGUCAAGAGCGUGCUCACUCGUAUCCACGCAGCCUACAUCAGGGCAGUCCUCAAUCCAUUCCACCUACGGCGUGUGGAUGACAAUGAGCCCAUUAGUAGCCUGGCGAUGGAUAAAGCCAUCAGUCACAUCAUCUCUACCUGGCCAACACCUGCCAAGAGACAGCCAGUGCACGAUUGAGGUGAUCAUUGACGGACCGACACCCUACUCGUCAUCAUCGUCAGAGUCAAAGAUCAGCCGCCGUGCCUUCUUUUUGCUCUGCUCCUCCUGCUUCUUUGGCUCGUCCUUGUCCGUCAUCUCAGCGGCUUCUUCCUCAGAGGACCGACCGGCACGUUCGCCUUCCAGCGCUGCUUCUGCACGAUCCAACGGAUCUUCAGACACUUUACGCUUUCGCGACGCAUACGCUUCAGCACCCUUAGAUUUGAGCGCUUGCAGUCGUUCAGCCCCGGCUUCCUCCUCCUCUUCAUCCUCAUCGUUUUCAAUGAACCCAUCGUCGUCGUCGUAGCGAUCCAGAUUCCUUCUAUUACCAACACCGAGUUCUUCAUCUGAGUUAUCAUCGAGUGCAGCCGCCGUGAGACGACUACCCAUUCGGCCAUCGCCCGACCGUCCCAAUGCACGUUGUUU